GUCAUCCCAAGGAGGCUUGUCCCUGGUUCAAUCCGCCUCCCAAGUGUGGAGCUCUGGGGAGCGCGUCGCCGGCAUGGGUGGCAUGGAGGUGCAGAUGAUGAUUCUCCUCGGCGGCAUAUUCGGAGGCGCUGUGCUGCAUUCGAUGAACCUGCCCACGAUCGGCAUGCUUUCGAUCUACUUCGGCGCUCAGACUGGGCUUGGUCUCUACAUGAAGAUUCUCCUGUCAGACCUUCCCAUAGCUGCCGAGCUGAACAUCCGCGGCGUGCCAGCGCCAUUUCUGAUCACCGCUCUUCAACAACUCUUGACAUUCGUGGCGCUGGUGGUGGUUCUCCUGGCCCUUCUCCCCACGCGCUGGGCCUACAAACCGCGGCAGCUUCAGGAUGCCAAGGAGGUGGGCUGCGUCUUGAUUAUCUCCGUGGCCUUCGCAGCGAACAUUGGUCUGAACAACCUCAGCCUGAGCUUGCUCCCGGUGUCCGCCAACAUGAUCAUCCGCUCCUGCAUUCCGCUGAUUACUUGGAUUCUCCAGCAGCUCGUGGGCUGCUGCGGCCUCGGAGGUUUCAACUCCUCAUGGGGCCUCGCGGAGUUUGCCUUGCUCCUCUCAGGCCACGUGUUCCUGAAGGAUCGAAAUCACAAAGCUCAUUUUUACAGGUUGUGCUCAGUCAUGGCUUCUAUAGCUGUGCGGAUUGCCUUUCUGAGCGGCGAAGAGCACAGAAUCACUGUGCCAGUCCUUGCCACUACGCAUGACCUCCGGUCGAUUGCGGAGAUGAAGAUGCAAAGGAGUCUGGGGAAGCUGAUCUCCGCCAGGGGAGCCGUUAUGCUGGCUUCAAGAACACUGGUGCAGGAGGGCGUUGAAGAUGGUGAUGUCAUCACUGCCAUCUUCCAAGAUGUGGCUGUUGCAGCAGCCAGCAAUGCAUUUGCUGCGAUUCGCUCAGAUGGCAGCGUUGUGGCAUGGGGGGAUCCGCAAGGGGGCGGAGAUUGCAGCGCAGUUCAGAAGCAGCUGCAGCAUGUGCAAUCCAUUCAAGCAGCGUGGGGUGCCUUCGCAGCUCUUCGCACUGAUGGUUCCGUCGUGACCUGGGGCGAUCGUGACGGUGGGGGCGACAGCUCUUUGGUGCAAAGCCAGCUUUGCAAUGUUUCCCAGAUUCAAUCGACUGGACUGGCUUUUGCUGCCAUCAAAGAGGACGGAGGCGUGGUAGUUUGGGGUUCUCGGGAUGGUGGUGGCGAUUGCCGUGCUGUGCGUGAUCAUCUCUAUAGCGUGCGACAAAUUCAAAGCAAUAGCAUGGCUUUUGCUGCCCUUCGUGCAGACGGAUCUGUUGUAUCCUGGGGCGCCCAAUUGGGAUAUGGCAGCCAUAGCUCUGCUGUUCUUGAUGAACUGCAGGAGGGAGUUCUGAAUAUCUACAGCCUGAGCAUCUACAGCCACGACUUCGCGGGUUUUGCUGCUAUCAAAUCAGGUGGUCGGAUUGUUUUUUGGGGCGAUCCUCUCUUGAACGGCUUGGUCCACUCGGGGCUUGACGACAUUGCACAUCUCCAGGUUGCUGGGGGACGGUGGGCUGCUGCCUCGCAGGAUGGACACUUGGCACUCAGCCUUCGGUCCAUCCGAGGCGACAGGUGCCUGCGGGUUCCGGAAUGUGCGGGUAGCCUCGUACGUUGCAACAAUUACCUUGCUGUGCUUCAGAAAGAUGGAACGGUGCAGUUCUGGGGUCGCAUCGCCCCCACCUGGCUUCGGAAUGAAUUGAGCAAUGUCGUUCGACUUCGGAUGGCCUGGGAACGAGGUGCAGCCAUCCGAUCAGAUGGGUCGGUUGUGGUGUGGGAGUUCACAGGUACUGGUGCGAAGCCGGGUGCCUCCGCACUCGUGCGCAGCCAGCUGACGGAUGUCAAAGAUAUACAUGCAAACCCCUUUGCCUUUGCUGCACUUCGACGAGAUGGGUCUGUUGUGACCUGGGGAAAUGGCCUGUACGGAGGCAACAGUGCCGCCGUGCAAAGACAGCUAAAGGACGUGGUCAGCAUUCAAGCGGGCGGUUUUGCCUUUGCUGCAACUCGUCGUGAUGGAUCCGUGGUGUCAUGGGGCCUGCCAGCUGGUGGGGGCGACAGCAGCCUGGUGCAAGAACAGCUUGGCCAUCGAAUUGUCGACAAGAAGCGAGCUACCAUGUCAAGGGAGGCAGCGAAAAUCAAGGCUGUCCCCCAUACGAGGACCAAGUCCCGAGUCUUGAAGAAGCCUUCGAAGAAGAGCGCGAAGUAG